CGUACUGAGGAGAGAAUAGAUCCUGCACGGGGUAUUCCUUACACAUGUUCCAGGGCUACUUGCCCCUGGCUUCCAAAUUCACCAUAUUCUGGGGUUUCUAAAGCAAAUCUCUGAUCGGGACAUAGGCAAUCAUCAGUCGAUGCUGGACUGAGGAUAGUGUUGGGAUAGGCCAGCCUGAGCCAUGGCUCAUGGGAAGAAACCAGGGAAGAUCACUAGAAUCCUGGGACCCAGCCCUUCAUCGUGCCCAGGAGGAUCCAUAGAGAAGAAGCCAGGAACUAUUAGGAGAAUAUUGGCCCCCAGCCCUCCGCCCAGCCCGGGUCCCACAGGAUCCACAGAGGAGUCUAAUGAAGGACCUCAUGAUGAAGGACCUCAGAAAGAAAGACCACAGAGUUUGAGGAGUAAGGACCCGCCAUCCUGCCCUGACCCCCUAUCCACAGGGGAGCCUACUGAUGAAGAACCCUGGGGUCUGAGCAGCAAAGGCACAACUGAAAGACUGCAUGAUGGAAUUCGGAGUCUGAAGAGUGAAGGCCCUCCUCAACACUCGCAGAGCACCAGCAAUGAGGAGCUGGACAAUAACAAUGAUGAGAGGACCCCUGGGCCUGCAUCACCUGUCCCUGCUAGCCCAACCCAGGCCCGCCCAACCCAGGCCUACAGCAAAAUGACCGAGGCCCAGAACUACCCUCGGCAGUCAGACGCCCAGGCCAAGAACUACCCUCGGCAGUCAGACGCCCAGGUCCAGAACUACCCUCGGCAGUCAGACACCCAGGCCCAGAACUACCCUCGGCAGUCAGAUGCCCAGGCCCAGAACUACCCUGGGCAGUCAGACGCCCAGGCCCAGCCCCGACAGACACAGCAGCAUCUCAGAGAGAGUCCAACGAGCCCUAGCACCAGGCCCACCUCUGACCCCCCAUCCAGUCAGGAGAGACAGUCCAGGGCUGUUAAACCAUCACCUGUCCUUACCAGUGCGAGUCCUUACCAGCCGUGUCUGAUUAAUCCCUCCAGUUCACCUCUUCCUGUCCCUGCUAGAGCUAGUGUCUCCUCCAAGAUCUCUCUGAACCUGCCCGGUGACUCCACCACCCCUGACAGCUUGGAGGAGGAGGAGGACAGCUGCUCAGAGUACGACAAUGUGGGUUCAGAUGUGGAAGGUGUGGAGCAAGACAUUGAUCAGACGCUGCAGGUGGAAGACCAGGGUAUGGAGGUGAGGUACUACCCUGAGCCGCAGGAUGGUAUCUAUGUGGAACACCAAGACGGAACCUACAUGAAACACCAAGACGGAACCUACAUGAAACACCAAGACGGAACCUACAUGAAACACCAAGACGGAACCUACAUGAAACACCAAGACGGAACCUAUGUUAAACACCAAGACGGAACCUACAUGAAACACCAAGACGGAACCUACAUGAAACACCAAGACGGAACCUACAUGAAACACCAAGACGGAACCUACAUGAAACACCAAGACGGAACCUACAUGAAACACCAAGACGGAACCUACAUGAAACACCAAGACGGAACCUACAUGAAACACCAAGACGGAACCUACAUGAAACACCAAGACGGAACCUACAUGAAACACCAAGACGGAACCUACAUUAAACACCAAGACGGAACCUACAUGAAACAACAAGACGGAACCUACAUUAAACACCAAGACGGAACCUACAUGAAACAACAAGACGGAACCUAUGUUAAACACCAAGACGGAACCUACAUGAAACACCAAGACGGAACCUACGUAGAAGAAUGUGAGGAUGGACCCUAUUGCCCCAAGGAUGCCACCUAUGUAGAAGGUGAGGAUGGUACCUAUGUGGAGGGUAGUGUGGAGGGGGACAGCCUGGAGGGGGACAGCCUGGAGGGGGACAACAGCACCACUGUACAAUACAAACCCCCAAGGCCACUGUACGGCCCUGAGUCUGAGGAGAUGCAGGAUAAAGAUAGAAAACCCUGUAGCUCUUCUGAGAAUUACCAUCAGUUCAAUGACAAUCCACAUCAGACACCCAAGGCUGGAGACAAGGAAGAAAAAGAGGAGGUGGAGGGGCAGGAGGAGGAGGUGGAAGGGCAGGAGGAGGAGGUGCAGGGGCAGGAGGAGGAGAGGAAGAGCGGGAUGUGA